AUGAGCAAAGCGAAAGAGUGAGUGUCGUCUCUGACUAUUCUAGAACUGAACCUGAGCAGAGACCUAAUCUCUGGUCAGGACCAGCCUGAAGGGAACAUGUACAAGUGCACUCCUCUUGCUUCGGAGGCGGACACAAUCAAUCCUGUUCUUUAUCACUCGAACGGUUUUAUUCGCGAGAUAGCGCCACUAAAAACUGGCAAUGAUACUUCCGCGCAACACUGUCACUUUCCCCCCACUGAUAACCAAAGUAAGCUUGCAGGGAUCUCGGCAAGUCGGACAAGCGUCCGCCGUCUUCGCUCUCCACCGGAUCCGCCGACAGCGGCGUUUUCUCGUCCGGCGUGCACGUCUCGCCGAGCCACAGCCAACGCAGCGAGGGAUCGUCGGACUCGCAGAGCGGACCGCCCAGCCCGACCGCCCAACUCAACUCGCUGAUCUUCCAGACGGCCAACCUGAUCGCCGUGAACGAGCAGCUUCGGAAGGAGAUUGCCGAGUCAGGAGAAUGAGAGACGGGAGUGCUCAGAGAAACAGAGACUGAUUGCAGGAACAAACAGAUCCAGAACAUCCAAAUGCGCGCGCUCAAUCGGCUCUCCGCUCCGCCCGAUCAGUCGUUCGUCCAUCCGCAUCAGACGGGCUUUCCUCACUCGCGUGCGCCACGUGGCGAGCGUCGAAUGCAGAAGCCCGAGUCGUACAAGACGGUGAUUUGUCAGGCGUGGCUCGAGUCGAAGACGUGCACGUUCGCAGAAAACUGUCGAUUCGCGCACGGAGAGGAAGAGCUGCGUCCUUCGAAGUGAGCAGGGAAAGCUGGAGUCGGGGGUGUAAUCGUUGAGCAGUUUCAGAAUUGAACCACGUCAGAACAAUAAGUACAAAACGAAAUUGUGUGACAAGUACACCACAACGGGUCUGUGUCCUUACGGGAAACGGUGUCUGUUCAUUCAUCCGGAUCACGGACCCAAUGCAUACAUUCGAGCUGACAAGCUCUUUGAGGUUCCGUUCCGCGGUGCUCGAAACUUAUAGAAGUUGUUUCUUAAUUUCAGGUCUCACAGCGCCAUGCUCUCGCCGAUCUGAGGGAUCAAAUGGAGACGCAGAUCAUGACGGGCGGUCGGAAUUCUUUCACCCAACUGCCUCCUCCUCUGAUUCCCGAAGCACAGUUCGUCGGAAAACCACCUCAGAUGGAAGCGAAGGCCAAUUAUGGGAAUGUGCGGGCUCCGGUGCCCCAGAUGAGUUGUGAAAGUGCCCGGCCGCACCCCAGUUGGCCGCUCGAGUCUUCUUCGCUUUUCUCGCCUCCAGAAUCCUCGUUGAGAUCCAACGGAACGAUCAGUCCGUUCGAGCAAGUCUUCCCCGGACAAACCGGAAUUCAACAGUAUUUUAUGCCAGGUAAUCUUUCAAAAAUUGAAAAAGAUUUUCUUGAAUUUCAGGGAAACCAGGCGACUUGUUCCACUCGAACCAACUGCUAAAUCCGUUGCAAUCAGAAGACGAUUCUCUGUCGACCAUUCCGGGAUUCGACCAUCUCGCUGAGGAUAUGGCCAAACAUCUGGAGCUGUGGUGA